GCGUCAGUUGUCACCAGAGUACAGAGGUAACUCGCUACGCUCUCCCCGUGCGUCUUUUUCCGACCCUCGAGCGUCUUGCGAUUUUUAGGCUACGGAUCUUUUCGAUAUUGUUCGAUUGAAGGAUUAGCCUUUGAACGACAAUGGUGCUGUGUAUGUGUUCUGCUGUGAUGUGCUUAGUGCUCGGUUUCAUUGGUCCUGCACUCGCAGGAUCCGUGAUUCUCAACUCAAACUCUAUCAAGAGCAUCCCCAGUGUGGCGGGUGCCGGUCACCCGGUAAGUGCGAGCCCGGACGAGUUUAGCUUCGACGCCGGCGGUCAGAAUCUGGCAAUCGACUCCAUACAGUCUCUGAGUUGCGCGGCUGACGAGGAGUGCGGUGACCAUGGAUUCUGCUACGCCUCCCGAGGCGCGUGUCUCCCAUGCAAGCGGCGUAGGAAGCGUUGCACCCGCAACGCGAUGUGCUGCCCCGGCAACCAGUGCAGUAACGGAGUGUGUCUGCCCCUUGACCCAGACAUGCUGCCCCAGAUUGGUGUGGAAGACCUGGUACCUGUAGGAACCAUGCAGGAGGACAACUCCACAGCCGAGUUCACCUCCAGAACCAGCACACAGGAUGCAACACCCAGAGCAGGCAUGGAGGGAGAGAGUUGCCUGCGCUCGUCGAACUGCUCAGAGGGCCUGUGCUGCGCCCGUCACUUCUGGUCGAAGAUCUGCAAGCCGGUGCUGAAGGAAGGCCAGGUGUGCACCAAGCACAAGAGGAAAGCUGCCCACGGCCUGGAGAUCUUCCAGAGGUGUGACUGUGGAGACGAGCUGGCCUGCAGGACCCAGAGGGUCCCCGGGGAGCACAGCAACAGCAAGGCAGCCAGGAGCCUCCACACCUGCCAGAGGCCCUGAGAAGACCAGCCACCCAGCCCUCCUGUCCACCCGCACGCCUUCCGGGACUGCCACCGUGGUCGUGAUGGAGAGGGGGUUUAACGCCCCCCACCCCCCCUCCCCCCCUGGUCAGAGAGAGAGAGAGAGGUCCUCUGACGUGUGUAGAUAUAAGCUUCGGAGCUGAGGGAGAGAGAGGAUGUUUUCUUUUUCUGUUUCUCAAGUAGAAGGUGUGUUGUGUUAGCACCGAACCACCUCAUCUAUGUAAUGUUCAAGGUUCCAGACUCUUCUUUCCGUGCCGUUCAGCCAUAGCUUGGCUCUGGUUGAUGCAGGGUGACUCUGACCAAGGCCAACAAGGAGAACGAACGAUUCAGACAGCGAGACCUGUACACUUCAUUCCAACCGAUGUCAAUUCUACCAGCAACAAACAAAUAUGCGGCAACUUGGAUUCUAAAGAGGAUGAUGGCCUCUUCAUACCCUGUCUGCAAACUGACCAGAGGAGGAGAAGAACCCUUCUUGUAAUCUGACAAGUUCCAGUUCAUGUGUUUAUUCUCUCGAUUUAUUCCCCAAAAAUAGUGGAGUAGCUGUGAUUGUUUCCCUGUGGAACUUCAGAUUUCAUAUUAUCACAGUACAUUACUGUAUUGUACAUAGACAAACCAUAAUAGAUGAUGGCACUUAAUUAUUUUUGUUUGAUACAGCUGUUUGUUGAGAAGGUGCUCCGUGGUUUAUUGCUUUGUACAUAAGAACAGUGUUUUUUACAAGUGUAUAGAGUUGGAUUAUAAAUGUAUAUAUUUUGUAUCUGAAAAUAAAGUG